AUUCCCUAGAUGUUUUGUAUUGGACGGGCUACUAGUGGCGAUGGUAGGCCGUUUUUGGUAUUCCAUGUACUCGUUGUCAUCUUGUACCACGGAUUCGGUACCGCCCGUUUGAAUAGAAUAUUCGAGGUGCUUUCUUUUCUUCUUAGUUGCACAUUAAGAUGACUCAUGAAGUGGUAUUGCAUUUCAGUUCUCAGCAGUUGUCCUUACCGCAUAAUCCUACGGGAAAUCCUCACCUUACAUACGCGAUUAUCUCCCGGGAAAUGUUUUUCACUGCAAUCUUUCCCGAGCCACAACAUCGGAUCGUCAUUUUUCAUUCAACCGAAUGUGUAUAUGGGUUUUUUUUUCUCUUGGCGAUGUUUCAUCACGGCAGCUGGAUCGCUAUGGCAGGAGAAUCUCGCAUGCGCAUACACGAUCGUCUCUACCGAGUAGACGAUCUUCGUCGACACCCACAGCUGAGGUGACUAACUAUGUCCGGGGAAAUUUUCUCGUCCAGUUCAAGAUGUUGGAUGUGCUAAACAUCUUGCUCCUGAUGCGUAGCACAGAACCAAACUGUCCCGAUUAGGCGCAGUUUCUUAUUAUUACAGUUCUAACGACAACACUUGCGUGCAGCUGUCCGGAAAGUCUGUACAUAUUUUUUUUUGCAUCAACGCAUGUCUUCUCUUUCACUAGGGUUUGUACGGAACAGGAGCAAUGAUCGUCAUCAGCUAACAGUUUGAGGGAGUCAUUCUCUUUGAAAUAUUUUCGAAAAACGCUGUUUAAUAUUUAGUGAUGAACGAAGAGAUGAACUGGAAUAUACCUCACAAUCGGCUAUAAAUGUUAAGAAACUAAUUCUCAUAUUUUAGCAUCUAGUACUGGGUUGUGAAAUUGACACAAAACAUAAUCUAACCGACCUCAAAAAAGUCCACACAUAGCAGAGUUCUUGGUGUGUUGAUGGCGCUGAUUUUAUCCGCUGUUCGUCGGACGCGACAGAAUCGGUAUCUGCGCAUCGUCCCCCGUCCAUGGACGAAUAGAAAAGAAAACAAAAAAAACAAACCUACCAAUACAGAUACACGAGUGAGCGAGGUGCGCACAUUUUCCCACUGUUCCAUUAGGUUCGGACUAGAAAAAGGAAGAAAUUAAAAGACACUCUGCAGAGGCGCACGCGCCGUUCAUCCUAAAUCAAAGUGUCUUUAGUUGAGCAGGGAGUACAUAGUAGCACACUGGGGAAAGAAAGGUCGGUUUGGUGCGUGCGCGUUUGUAGCACGAUCGUCGGUAAAUCAUUAGAGUUAAGCCAUGUUGGCCGCCCUAGAGCAUAUAUCAGACCAGAUGCGGAGGGAGUAGGACAGAUCAGUUUAUUAACGCAUACAUGCUACGUGUGUUCCGGAUCGGGUCGGAGGAAAAUGCAUCGCAUAGAAAGCCCCACUCGAGCACAGACCGAGCGCUGCGUACUACUGGUAUUGGUGGCAAACCGUUCGUUUCCUUUGGUCGGCAUACGUUCAGUUUGCCAGUUUUCCUCCCUUCAGUUUUCCAUCUCUUCCUUUGCUUAUUUCAUGUUCCGGCCCAGAUAUACCUGGUUUAAGUUUCAAAAUGCGCGUUGUUUUCGGUUUGCUCUUUUAAUGAGCACCGGCACCAGUAAGCGACCCUUUACGGGCACUCUUUUCUGGAUUCUAUCGCUCCGAGCGGGGUGUGGUGAGCACCGUGUGCAAGGGUGGAAAAUGUCUCGAUCUUCUCGAGAUCCUAAUUGCUUCUUCAUUUCCAUCUACCCAUGCUGGUUGUAUGGACCAGUCCGGAUGGGUAAGAGCUGAUGAUGGGAUUUCAAAGUCGUCGUUCUCGUUCGUUCUUCAAGAUGUCAUUCCACUUCCAUCCGAAAACGCACUGCGCCUGGCACGGAGGCACGUGCUGCAGCCGCACGACGAAUGCGUUUCCGGUGGCGGUUUCAUGUGACAUGCACGUUUUAAAUUGAAGCCGAGAUAUCGUCCAAAGCAGACAGCACACAAUAUCGAGACGAAAUCUCUCGGGGAAUAGGAAUGGGUAUGGGUGGGAUGAGUUGAGUGUGUCUCGUGCGUACGUUUCGUUGCACGUUUUUCCGGCUACUGAAGAUACGUUUGGCUGCAUUAUUGUUGGCGACUGUUGUCCUAGGAAAGGAUGUAAACGGAGGGGAAAAUGGUAUCCUGGGUGUGCUGUCAUAAUUACUGCAAGGAAACGAGUGUGCGGAAGGCGGAUGAAGACUUACGAGAAGCGUUUCCAUUUCGUAAGGCAAAACCUCGCUUAACUUCACAAACCUCACCAUCAAGCAAUUCUGGAACGAACGAAAAAUGUCAUUACCGCCGGUUCUGUGGUGUUUUUCGAUUUUACCAAGAUGCAAUUACUUGUCUUUUUCUUAUGGUUACAAGUUUUCCGUCUCCGCUCCUCGCAACGAUGGGGUUUUUAUUAGAGUUGUUGUUAUUUUUUCGUUACCGAAGAUAUUCAUCUCGAUAGGGGUUUUUGCUGCCCGCUGCACGCUACAUGGUCGUCAUCCAUUCGCGUCAGAAGUCAAACGCUUGUGGGUGGUGAAUGAAAUGGAAAACUGGCGACGUGCCAGGAGCGAACGAAAGUGACGUCUUUGGAUGUUUGGAAAACAUCGAACCGAAAACUGAGUCUAACGGCAACAAAUAUAAAAUAAUAACACUUUUGAAAAACACACUCCGUACAAGACCAAUGUUGAUGAAACUCUAUACGAAUGCUUGCCUCAACCGUGAGCGUGUGUUUUAUUUUUUCAUUUUAUAUCUUUUUUACUUGAACUGUUCGAUGAUUUUUAUAUUUUCUGAUCCUUUUUUCGGAAACUUUUUGUUGCUGCGCGUUGUUGGCUAGGUAGGCAAACUGGGAUAUUACAAUGCGCCGAAAAUUUGCAGCUCUUGAGCUGCUCGGAUAUGAAUGUAAUCAAAUUAUUCGCGCACGUGCUCCUUUCGCGUACCGUUCGCUGGAGAAUGGUGCGAUUGGAAAGUGGCAAGACAUUGCCAUAGAAUGCUUGUUAGCAAUCGAUCGAAUGGAAAUUCAUGAUUUUUUCUACCACAAAGGACCAUAAAGAAGAUACGGUAAACGGUAUACGGUGUUGCAUGAAUUAUGAUUUCCUUCUGUAGCUUUACAAGAUUUGGCAAGUUUAAAAGUCAAAUGUUUCGGUUUCUUUUGGUACGUGUUGACACAGUACAUGAAACAAACUUCUCCUUAAUGUACGUACGUUUCUAGCGAAAGAGGAAAAGAUCUUUAGUUAUUGAUGCUUUCUUAUUGUAUCUAAUAACACGAACUUCUAAGGGUUACACGUUUAGCGGAAAGCUUUUUUGUGUACUUCCGGUAGAGAGUACCUAUAUGUUGCUUUUCAUCAUCUGUUCUCUCAUGAUGAUUGAAAAAUCAUUUUCAAAGUUACCAGAGUACGGAACGGAAGUAUGUGGAAUGAGUUGUUUCGUUACCAUUAUUAUCCUGUUUCGCCCUCAUUAAAGCACGUUUUUUUGUACCGGGGUGUCGUUAGCAAACUGUCAUUUUUUACUCUCUACAGCAACCAAAAAAGCAUCUUGGUGAGUGUUUUUUCGUUUUGUUUUGCCUGUCAACUCUCCCGCUCUUCCGAACCGUUUUGUCAUGCCGAUUGUCGAAAACCUCGGGCGUGAAAUAUUAAUUUGUCCGUGGUGCGUUUCGUACUUGUUGGGUUGUUUUUUUGUUGUUGUUGUUGGUCCCAUUUCAUCUUCUUGUAUCCUUCCUCCCGGCUCGUGUCGAUUUUUCUCGCUUUUCUUCGCGAGCUGUUGUUCAAACGCAACAACCUACCGAUCUGACCUCCAUCGUUGAUCUCCUCGGCGAUUUCCUCUUAGUCGAGCUGUUGCUACCGUUGCUUGGGUUCGAUGUGGCGUUGCGCAACCAACCAAAAUCCCAAGAAACUGUCGAAACGUGCUGACUUCGGGUGUCAAACGCGCGCAGCAGUGAAUAUAUCUUUGAAUGGAAAAUGAGGUGUUUCCCCGUGUGCGCGUUUGUGCGAUGUAAAAGGUGUGUGAACCUUUGUGUGCUGUAAUCGACGGACUGAUCGACGUCUGGGCGUGUAGGUGGAUGGUUACCGUAAGGAUGCAGUGAACGCUUCUGACAGGAUCGCAAAGAAACCGGGCUAAGAAAAACAAAAUGGUGCCUAAUUUAUUCGAAUUUUGAAGCGGUUGUUCUACCACGAUGGAAUCUUAAUUAGGGUCUCUGUGUGUGGAAUAUUUUUAUACCGUUUGAUAUUAUUAUGCCGGCACUUUCCGGUUCCGAGAAAUGAAGAAACGUGAGUAUAAAUUGAGUAAGACGUAAGGAAUCAAUCAAAUUGAACCUUUAACUAAUGCUGAAUGUUGAAUGUAAUUUUGCUACUUUACCGUUAGUAGAGUUGGAAUUCAACUAUUUCAUUGCCGGGAGCUACGCAUUGACAAAAAGUCGAGCCUAUAAAUAUGAUUCAAAAAAUGUGUAGCAUGCUUACGAGUAUAAUAUGUUUACUUAUGCAUGAGAAGAUUAUUCAGCAGCUCAUAUUUCGGCGGAGUGGAACUCGUCAUGUUGUAUCGCAUUAUAGCCUAUUUUCAUGGUAUCGGUACGGGGCUCAUGUUUCAUUAUUUUUGCAAUCCAAAAUUCGACUCCAUACUUCUGCUGCUGAACAUUCGCGCAAAACAAUGAAAGUGGAACUAUUUAUUUUACAUGGCUUGAAUUCACAUAUGGGGAAUCUAAAAGCACCACUUCUAGGUGCUGGCCUGUACUCAUUCAUUAUCUCUUUUCUUCGUUCUAUCGCUCAUUAUUCUAUUUCGUCUUCCUGCAAAAUUGUAGCAACAGAAACCCAAGUGUUGUGGGCUCCUUUUUUCUCUCUCCAUGUUUUCAAUGUUGCUGUUUGCGUAAUUGGAGCAGAUGUGGCUACUGUCUGCUAUGCGCAACCGAAUACCGUAUCGUACUCCGGUUGAGCAUUCAAAUUUGGCGAUCUUUAUGCGGUAUAAUGAGAAAAACCCGCUCGUUUUUUGAUGUUUGAAUUGCGUGGAAAGGUUAGUGAAUUAUUGUAAUAGCUUGAGCAAUAUUUUGCUCACAUUUUCGAUCAUUGCAGCUUGUGCAAGUCAUUCAGUAGGCUAAUUUUUUAUUCUUCGCUAAACAUUCGUUGCGGGUCCGUUGUUCUUGAUAGUUCUUGCUGAGACAAACCAAGCUGGCUAGAAAGAAUGAUAGCGAUAGCGGUGUAAUCAACGACCACGUUCGCCAGCCAGCGUACGCUCGCAUUGUGUGACCCCGAGCAGACUUGCCGACACAUCGCAUCUUACUCCUGCAGAAUCGAUUGGCUGCGCUGGCUGGAGCGGCCUGUGACACACAUGUGUUUAUCGCUUCAACUAGCAAAAGGACUACGACCUCCCGUCCGAGUGCAGAGGCAAUCCCGGCACUUCGUCUUUCAGUGCUUUUUUUAUGUUUCUGUUAUUUCUGUAUCUUCUUUUCGCUCCUUCGUGUCCUUUCCUGAAUGGCCCACUUGGGAGAUGCGAUCUUGUUUUCCAACAUCUGGUCGAGUGUCUGUAACAUUUUAGUCACUGUGGUGUGUUUCUUUGGUUACUUUUUAUCUUUCAACUAUCCUUUGUAGUCUAAACCGCAUCAGUAACCAGGAUUUCGACCAUCGUUUGGAACUCCAGGGGGAACAUCAUGCCAAGCGAUGGUUCUGUAUUUAAAGGAACAGCAACGGUUUGUGAUGGCUGCGAUUUGUAAUUUCUUCCUGGUGGGUUUCUCUGUCCAUGAGAAAAAUUAGAUCACCCGUCUCGGCAUGAGCUUGGCAAUAACACACCGUGUGACGAUCAAUCCAAGAGAGAAGUAGAGAAACACGUUGAUCAAAAUCCCGAUCAUGUGCGAUACGAGCCAGAAAAUGAAUUUUAUGACCAGCGAGUAUUAGUCAGUUGCGGAAUGCAGACAAAAGAAGAAAACAGCCCGUCAAAUAGCGAUAAAAUUCUCCACCAUUGGGAUGGAAACAGCGUGGCUAAACGAUUGAAAUUUCUGCCCUGCUCGUGUGGUCGUAAAAAACAGGCAGAUGUGUGUAUGCAAAUGAACGUGCAGAAGCCGGAAGGAGUGGUUCGAACGCGAAGGGCGACCCAAUGCGUAUGGAACGUAUUUUAUUGCUAUCCGGUAGCGAUGUAGCAGCCGGCUUUUCUCAGAGAUGGUGCGUUUAUGGAUGUUUUCCUUUUUUUCGGCAAGCAAAACCGUUCGGGGAGAAAACAGAGCAAGACCCUGGGAUGCGCUUCCCGGUCGUCUUUGCCAUUAGCCGGCACGCGCUCUUUCUUAUGAAUGCACAGCAGUGCAGCAAGCAUAAUGAUUUGUUUCGAUGGUGUCGAUGUUUUGAAAUUCGAACACGCAGAUGGAUGGUGUUGCAGUUACACAAAAGGGUUCCUGCAGCCGAUUUCCGAUGCAGAAAGCAAACAAAGCGUUCAUUUGCUUCAAGAGAGCGCAAUUGUUUCUAUAUUGUCAAUUAGUUUCCUGCAGUAUGAUGCGAGAGUAACACUACUCAUUUCUUCCCCGGGGGGUUGAGUACAACAGAAUAAUGACAAACGUGACUGUAAAGCUGUUAUACGAAGCAUCACCCUCUGUGAUGCUUUUCUGGCUUAGAGACGAACUUUAAACAAUUGUUUCGUUUUAAAAGGCGCCUAAUAACGAUGCGGUGAGACGGAACCAUGGAUUUGGGGUGGAAUGACAGUGAAAAGGCUGCUAGAAUUUUAAAGGUGUCCGUUAUGAAUCGGUUAGGAGAAUCGCAUUUGCUAAUAAUCAAAGCACGAUCGUAUAUAGUCGUGGAGUGAUGGUCAACCAGCGACACCUUCGAAGCGGACGACGAUCAUUGGCGAGAGCGUGAGUAGCUGUGUGAAGCAUAAACUUGAUUGAUUUGCCUGAAGGCACUCUUACCGGGUGGGCGAGGAACAAAGCAUGGAGCAGUUAAUUAUUAUCUUGGCCGUCGUAAAAAUCGAAAAGCGUCGUAAAAGCGUCAAUCAUUGUGUCGGACUCGUUGAGAAGAAUGUUUUUUUCUUCUUAAAGCUAGCGAAAGAUAUCGUUUCUCCAAUUUUUUGAGAAAUAUUGUGUUAUUUUCAAUCAGCAUUACUAUAUGUAAUAUAUGCUAAAGAACGUAUUUGACUGCAUUAUGUUAAAUUUAUGGAUAUAAAAUAGUAAUAGAGACGUUGAUCCUGUUAUACUCCAUUCCCAGUGCCCGGACAAUGGCCUUGGCAUUCUUAAAACUGAUUUCUUUGUUUUGAUUUGCCUUCGUUGGAAAAUAAGUUCCGUUACUAGACACAAAGAUUCUUAUUCUUCUUGGCAUAACGACCUCUAAGGUCAUGUCGUCCAUUUCUGGUUUACGAGACUUAUUUUACCACGUAUAGCUGAAUAGUCAGUCCUUGCUACCGAGGAACGAUCCGGAUGGGAUUUGAUUCCCGGUCCUGCCGUGUGGACCGGCACCGUUUAUCACAUACACCACCGGGCCGCCACAUUCGGAUUCGACAGCCUAUUAGUCUAUUACCACUAAGAUUAUAAGGGUUAAACAAUUUUUCGCUUGAUUCAUAGCAAACUAAAAAGGUAUUUAGUAUUUGAUUUUUAUAAAGUACAUAGCUCAUAAGCCAAAAUUUCCCAGCUAGUCGGAACUCGCUAUCUGUCAGCUUUAAAUCGUACAGCUGGAAAAAGGCAACGUUCCGUUAGGGUUUUCCCUGAGACGCAUCCUUAAACGCACAUUCAACAGGUUCCUUCACUGAACCAAGAAUUGAACUCUCGUUCUAUACGUGCGUUUAUCUGGUUCACGCGCAUUAGUUCACUGGUUUCCCGGAGCAUAUUCUCGCAGAAUCCACUUCUAUCGUCUUCCUGCCCUGAUCAGUACAGCAAAACACGCAAACUUCGCUUCACGUGCCAACACACACCGCUCUAUGAGGAAGGAAAAGGUCAAUUGAUUUCCCUUGGGCGAGAUUUUUCCGAUCGAAAGCUUUUUGCUGCCGGUGUGACCGUCCUUUCGCAUAUAGUUUCCAUACCUUCGCUUUGCUCUAUUUAUUUCGAAAGCAUCCGUUUUCGCAUCCUUGUCUGGAACGUAAAAUGGGAGAGCAAUGUUUCCUGCCGUUGUUUAUUGUUUUUGUGUAGAAAGGUGGCAGAGUCUGCCCAGUUUUCCCAUCGCGUUUCCAUUCAGUGGGAAACUGGAAUGCCUCAUUUCGCUCCAUUAGCUCUUGCGCCGUGUCACUCGCUCUAGUCACUAGUGUAGAUGUAUAUAUCCGUGAUAGGAAAUUCCGCCAUGAAUGGGGUGAAAAAGGUGGAAAUAAAUAAGCGACAAAGGGAGGAGGUGGUAGGGUUGGGGAGAGUUGAAAAAACCCUUUAUCUCCAUGGCUCAACAACAUUAGCUGCUUUGUCCAGCUGAAUGAUUUGGGGAAGCGCAGUUCCUGUCACGCUUUUCGCCGUCAUGAGAGAAAGACCGUAUUGGGGUGAGAUCUCGGGCAGUCUGUUCACGCUGUCGAAUGCGAAUGUGGCAUUUUUUGUGUGCUUCGGAAAAGCAUACUUCCGAAGAAGCACAUAUACUAAGAACAUCAGCGAGCGUGUCGGGAUUGGCGCAAAUCCAAUCAGAACCCGUGCAGUGGAUCAAUAAAACCGCAAGCAUACCGAUGGUGAUAGAAAUCUAAGUAGUUGAGAUAGCCAAUACACCUAGCCCAACGACUUGUCAUCCUUGUGGAUCCCUCGGUAAGACGACGAAAUAUGCGGCUGCAUCCGUUUCGAUGGUAAUUGAAUUCAAUGUAAGUCAAUUCUUGUUUGACGUAAAUUGAAAAAUCUCGUGCAGCACACACUCACGCAACUUGUGUGUGGGAAAGAAUCUCUCAAGCAGAGUCACAGCCAACAGAUUAGCCUCACACCUAUCCAUACACGUUUCGAUCCGUUGGUGGUCACCACACACAUACACAUACGAACAUGUACAGCAUCUUUGGUCUCGUGCUGUAUGUGUCGUAUUAUAUCGACCACCAGGAACCGGGUCAAACAGAAGAACGCUCCGAAAACCCUCAGCGGUGUGCUGCUUUGGAUGGUUGAAGGCAGGAGAUAGAGAACUGCUACAGCAGCUUUCCUGUGCCGUGUGUGAGAUCAAAACACAUACGCGAAUGCGCGUGGAACACUACUGUACACAAUCGCCGGGGCAGAUCAACGCAUGGGCAGAAAAAAUACAUACACACGUAUGCAGAACACAUGCUUGAAGCAACCGAACAUGACCCAAACCCCAUAGCUAGCGAGCAGCGAGCAUAGUUUGUCACCUGGGCGUGAGAUAUGUUCAAUGGUCGUGCUCACUAAUGUGUGAGUUGAGAUUCCUCAUGUAGUGCUCCUCACGAAUAGUGCUAGAGACACUAAGAUGUAAGGGGCGGUAUGUUGCGUCUUGUUUGUUUGGGUAAUGUGAAGCUAAUGCAGUUGACAAGAGCACAAUUUAAAGUCAAGCGAGCUAUCAUCUCGAAUGAUAAAGAAUAAAAACGAAUCACCAAUAGGACUGUUUUGAUCGGAAUCUACAUAUUUCUAUACCAACGUAGGAAUUAAAGAAAUGGCCGUCAGGAUCUUCACGAAGCAUUACUGUCCCACCGUCGUUAGAUUAGUAGUGGAACUUCGACCAAAGUGUCUCCAUUCUGAUCGAUUGGUCGAUAUGAGUGUGUGACGUCAGUGGACGUAAAAGGCCUCCCAACAUUACUUGCGCUUGGCUUAAGGAAAUGCCCAUCAUUAAAGUGUGUGUAUGCGGUGAUGUAGUUAGAAAGGCAAUGAGCGGAGCAAAGCAGAAGAAGGUCAGUUGUUGAUUAUAUGUUUUCGUUUUCCAUAAUGUCAACGAUUCAUGGUCAUGUCAUUGAGUAGCAACUGUGCGAAGAGAAAAAAAUUAUAAAAAAGGAAAGAGGAAGAAUCUGUAUAGCUGAAUAGAAAGAUCUAUUAGAAUUGGUUUUUACAUUGUGAAGCUUGUGAAAUGAGCGUGUGUAUAAAUCUUUUUCCCAAGGAUAGGUACGAGAAUGUGAGACUUGAGACGAAUAUUACGCACAUAAUAAUGGGAGAUAAUAUAUAAUACUAGCAAAGUUUAUAAAUUCUUUGAGGACUGGGCAAGGGAGGCCUUAAAUGUAGGUCAUUUUCUUCUCAUUCGGAAAUUAUUGAUCAUCGUCGAGGACCACCAGAGAAGUGCGGUGUGGGACUGGGACAGAUUAUUUCGUCUCUGAAGCAUAUAAUCGUGAUAGUUCCCCGAGAACUUUAUGUUGAGCUUCUCAACUACACUCCUCGCUCGUGUGGUUCAAAUAACACGAAAAUUGGAAAACACACGGCUUGCAAUGUGUGUCCUGAUUGAAAGAAUCGUUCGUGUCCGAACGGGGUUGAAGUUGGAAUUAUUUAUGAAAAUAUUGUCCCGGAACAAGCGUUGAAAAAUCGAUAUGGAAGGGGAUACAAGAUUUAUGUUUCUCAUCGAUUAGGAUCAUUUCCUGUCUUUAGUUCAUUUAGCGAUAUAAAACAGUGGUGGAAAAGAAUAGAGUCGCAUCAGCCUAGCCGAAUUGUAUAAAACUGUUGCGCACAGAUUGUAUGUUUUUUUAUUGAGUUUUACUAUGGACGAUGGACUAAAACGCACAAGACAUUGAAUGAAUUUAAAAUACUUUGCCAGGAGUAAGGCGUGUUUGUGUUUUGAGUCUAAAAUAGCUCAGUUGCGUUUUUUGUGUUCGCAUGUUUUAAUGAAUGGAAACUACUCCAUCUAUCUCUCGUCCAGAAACUGGACCCCCAUCGAGGGCGGUAAAGUUUUUCAAGUUUCCUUUCCACACCCAUUCCCACUCCUAGGCUGUUGCUGAAUGAAGAAUGUUACACCUACAUAAUUUACCGUUUGGAAAAGAGAAACAACAACUUUUCCGAUUUCCAAUACUCUCUCUGGUUCCGGUUGAACAGUAUAACAGUUCGUCUUAUUCGGUAAGUCCAAUGUUGGACAGAUGUGUAUAUCGCAGUCUACUAUUGUAUCUACUUCCUGUGCCGGGUCAGCUUGCGUGGUGUAAGUUGUUUGUUGUCUUGGGGAACUCUUCACUAGAGAAUCUGAAUAAAUGGUGGAAAUUUGCAGGAAUGGUGUUGGUCUGUUAUCGAUUUGUAUGUGUAUUAUGUUAAAUAUUUAACAGAUUCGUCCGUGCUUCGUUUGCCAUGGAUAGAUUUACUGAAUGCAGAGGUAAAUGUUUGAUUCCAGGCCGGAAAAUGAUCUUCAGUAAUGCUGAUAAUCACGUUCUCCAUCACUGUUGAUGGGAACUGGAAAUGAAGACGGUGUGUCCAAUGGAGCGUGUAAAUUGCAGAACCUUUUUUUAUUGCUAGCAACAUCCUGCUCUACCUCUACGUGGAUGUUUCUAUAGCAUUCGUUUGCCACGCGUGGGGUUUUACUGAAAGCGCCCACGUGAACGCAACGCGUGUGGCCUACCGUGCGUCUCCAUUCAGUUGUGUAUUAUUUUAAAAUCCUCCAUUCGCUAUGUGCACCUUUACUAAGCGUGCUGUGUUGCAGCAUAGCGAAUGGUGUGGAGUUGAGAGUUUCGAUUAAAAGCAAAUAACGUUUAAAAAACACAAUAAAAGUUUGAAGCAAAAAAAAAACGAUAGACAAACGGACAAUGAGGCUUAUGAACAUAUAUUAAACAUAGAAAAUCAACAACCUCUAGUUCCCGGUACAAUGGAACGAUUGGGAGAAUAUGAAGAAGGGAGGCAUGAAACCUAGAGGUGCAGACAAACACGCACAUAAUUUAUCACCACCACAUGGAGUGACAAAUGAUCGAAACAUAUGCUGCUAACAAAUCAUUUUCCUUUCCAGUGUGGCUGUCGUGGUUGUCUAUGCUUUUCCUCACAUUGCAACAAACCAACACCAGUACGUGUGAUAGAAAGCCAUGUGAGAAUGUUUGUAUGUAUGUGUGGGAGAGAGAGAAUUUAAUGUGCCCUCUGCAUUGAGUGCAGUUGCACACAGCGGUAAAGGCGAUGAAGAUGGGCACGAGCGUGAAUGGAAGAGAGAGAGAGAGAGAGAGACUUCACUCAGCUGGAGGUGGAUCUCAGACAAGAAAAUUGGAGAAACUCAUGCGAAUGGAAAACAUAAAUGAUAAAAUGUCGAAAAAGGAUAAAUGAGAGAGAAAGAGAGUAGUAAAUAUGUUGGUGUGAGAUGUUGUUUCACAAAGCAUGCAACCGAACCAUUCUGUACCAGCCAACGCAAUUCGUUCCACCAUUUUCCAUCCAUCAUUUCCUAUUUUUCCCCUAUAUGUAUCACAGAACGCUCGGAUUGAUUCGGUGCGGUUCGUUUCGGUUCGUUUCGGGUUGAUGAUUCGACUCGGUUCAGUACGGUUGUUUUGCACCGAUUUUUCACUCCUAUGUUCGCGGAACUCUACUUGGCUGCGGAUACGCACAUUCCUUCACAGGCCACUAUCCUGCGAACGCACGUGUCAAAGUAGGAUAAAAGAGAUAUUCACGGGCAGAGAGGAUUGUGCAUAUGUGUGGGUAAGUGAAAAUGAAAGCAUUGGUUUUUCCAUCAAGACCAACGUAUGUACUUCGCUGUAUAUGGCACAAAAGGUGAUGAGAGGUGGAAAUUUUCUUCGUCUCACGGAUGCUCUUGUUUUCAUUGGGCUGAUCAACUAAUAUACGCAUUUUAGGAAAUUUAAUGUAAAAAAAACUUGGUUUAAUUAAAUACAGUGGGACUCAUUUAUUGUAGAUUAAAGCAUAGUUGAAAUUCAUACAACAAAUUCAAAUAAACUAUGUAUAACCAUGCGCGAUUAGCAAUGAGAAACAGUUCUCCGAUACAGCUCACUCACAAUUGGUGAGUUUAUGUAUUCGCACAUCUUGGCAUGGUGAUAAGAAGAUGAUCAAAUAUAACCGAUAAUGAGUUAGUGACGAGUGAAGAGAGCGAAAUACCAUACAUUUCGACCUCACGCGUACAGAUUCUCGUUUCACACAAAACAUACACUAUCCGAGCCGCGAUCGGUCGUUUCUACGCUUACUCACGUCUCUCGCGUUUGCGGCACACAGCGUGAGGGACGUUCUUCUCACCCACGCUAUUCACUCUGGGAUCGUAACGCGUACGGUACGGACGUGCUUUUUGUGUUGCCUAACUGGCUGUUCGAUUUUCCUGCUAGUGCUGCUGCUGUACAGAAACGGCCGCAGCAAAGCAGAAGUAAGAGCACAGUGACGGCCAGUUUUCUCGUGAGCGCACACAUCACGAUAGUGACGUGAAAAUCCGUCUGCAAACGCAACGACGACGGUCGACAAGGCGCAAAAAAGGCAAAAAAUAUUACAGGCCCGAACGCGUCGCGCUUGGUCUUUUACGGUCGUGCUCAAAAGCUCUCCAAUAUCUCCUAUAGUAUGUACAAACUUUAAUGUGUGACUCCUACGCAGUAACUCAUACUGCGUUUGACAUCAGUGUUGUGGUAUUCAUGUAAAGUGUUGAGGAAAAUGUGUAUUUUAUUUGAAGUGCCAACUGUAUAUUGCUGAUAUUGCUAGUUCCAAAAGUAUAAAAGUAGCAGCAGACGGCUUAUACUGCAAUUUGUGUUAAAGUGAAACAGCAUCAUAUUCGGUAAACGGAAAUAUAGCCUGGCUGUAAAACAGUCCGCGUUUUGUUGGCCUUUGUAGACGUAUUGUGACUAUUCUCUUGUACUGUCAAAGGUUUGUUAGUAGCUGGCGGCAAAGGUUGGAUUGUUAAGCGCAGAAAAAAACAGGAAUGUCAAUCACCAUUUGGCAGCAAACUUAGAACACAGUAUGGCAUUGCAGAAAUCGUUCCAGCGUGUACUGCGGCUAACGUUGUUACGUACCACCAUCAUUGCAUAAUAGAGCGUGGAAAAAGCUGGACAGGAGAACAGUGCAACGUUUGUCGUCUUAGUGCUUGCUUCAAUUCCACGGAGUGGCCACCGAAUGUGCAUUCUAAAUGCGUGUAUGACAUAGGAAAAUACGGCGUGUCCGAUGUAUGGUCACUGUUUGUAGAUAUAUGCAUGAUCAACUUUACGAAGCAAUUGCAACAGAAGCUGGAAGGAGGGUGGUUGUGAAUACAUAUGUGCCCUUGAUCUUGACCCAGCGAAAACCUUUGGAAAAGUGAAUUAAAUUUUCUUUACAGUAAAACUCUCCAAUAGUGUGGUGAUGCAGUAUCAUUAGUCCCAACGGACGGUAAUAGCAAACUAGUACUUACCAACCAGUGCCAUAAAUAAUCAGGGGGGGAGAGAGAAAAAGAGUGGCAAAGAGAAACAGAGAGAGAGAGAGAGAGAGAGAGAGAGAGAGAAAGGGAGAGACAACACGCAAAACCGGUGAAAAGAAGCGAAACUCACACCUCUUUAGAGUAGCGCUCAGUUCAGGACGAACCGCCGGACAUCUCGAUUUCGAUCAGGAUAGCCGGCGAGAACAAGCGCUCACGAUGGGACGGAAAAAGAUACAGAUUUCUAGGAUAACGGACGAACGGAACCGACAGGUGACGUUUAACAAGCGCAAGUUUGGCGUGAUGAAGAAGGCGUACGAAUUGUCCGUGCUGUGCGAUUGCGAGAUUGCACUGAUCAUCUUCAGCAGCAGCAACAAACUGUAUCAGUACGCCAGUACGGACAUGGACAAGGUGUUGCUGAAGUAUACAGAAUACAACGAGCCGCACGAGUCGCUGACGAACAAGAACAUAAUUGAGAAAGAAAACAAAAAUGGCACCAUGUCACCGGACUCGCCGGAACCAGAGGACAGCUACACGCUCACGCCACGCACCGAGGCCAAGUACAACAAAAUCGACGAGGACUUUCAAAUCAUGAUGCAGCGUAACCAGCAGCUGACGGCGGGCGGUGCACGGCCGAAUAUGGCCACGAACAGCUACUCGUUGCCGGUUUCGGUGCCGGUAUCGGUACCCGUGAUCGGCACGUACAACGACACGAUGCUCCAGAGCAGCCCGCAGAUGGCACAUAAUAGUAUUAGUCCACGGCCCUCCAGCUCCGAGACGGAUUCGGUUUAUCCUUCUGGCGGUAUAUUGGAAAUGUCCAACGGUUAUCCACAUUCUGCGUCCCCCCUCGGUGGAUCACCCAGUCCCGGUCCGAGUCCAGGUAUUGGCUCUCAUCAGGCGCAUAACAAUAACAAUAACACCCAUAACACGCAUAACAAAAAGUUCCAUUUCGAUAAUGCAGUGCAAACGAUAAAGCAGAGUCCGUCGGGUGGUAGCGGCAGUUCUGGAUCACGUUCGACUAAUCUGCGAGUAGUGAUACCGACCCCGAUGAACCCGACCAUUACUGCAGACGACAUCUCGUACGUGGAACAUACGCGGCAGCAAACGAAUUUAAAUACACCGGUAGUGGCACUCCAGACACCGAUACCGGGACUUACGAACUACACUACCACGCUUGGUUCGUUCGGUGCACAGGACUUCUCGCUCAACUCGGACAUCAUGAUCGGACCGUGGGGUGCGGCAUCAAGUCACAGUCAAAACUCGUCGGCCGCAGCUGCAGCUGCCGCCAUGGGCAGUCUCCAGCACUCGAGAAUACUUUUCAGCGGUUUGCCCCAUCUAGCUGUAUCGAACAGUACUCCACCCCCGUCAACUUCACCACUGUCGGUGAAGAUAAAGGCGGAACCGAUCUCACCGCCGCGGGACCACCACAACACGUCGCACCAUCACGGUGUGUCGGGGGGUGGUGCUGGUACCACUGCGACCGGUGGAUCGGCAACAGGUGCAAAUGGCGUCCAGUCUGCGGGAGCAUCUGGGUCCAGCAGCAGUGUCAAUACGACCAGCAACAGUAACAACGGAAGCAGCACCAGCCAACCGAAUGGCGCACAGCAACUAACAGCGAUGGGCAAUGUUGUUGUGAGUGGCGGUGGAGGAGCAGGAACGACCUCACUAGGAGCCAACCUUAACCAUAGCCACCUGAUACAUUCACGACCUUCCUCGACCGGCCACCUAACACCGACCCCGGCAGAUUCUUAUAUGCCUAUCGGUGGGCACAUGGCAGGUUCCGUUACGCCAACGAAUGCACCCUCACCGGUGGACAUCCGGCAUCUCAGCACUGGCGGUAGCCACCUGCCGGAAUACGAUUCACCCUCUACACAGGCGCAUAAAAGACCAAGAAUAUCUGAGGGCUGGGCCACAUAGCCCCUAAAGACUAGCGGCGGUACCGGUGCGGGCACUGGUGGUGGAAACCGUGGGGCAGAAGGUUCCGCGUGCUACCUGGAUGACAACUCAAACCACGUGGUGGUGAUUUCGGAUGCGGA